AUGACAAUACCAAUUCGUAAAUCACACCCAUUAUUUAAAAUCUUAAAUGGUGCUAUCGUAGACUUGCCAGCCCCAGCUAAUAUUUCAACCUUAUGGAAUUUCGGGUCUCUUCUUGGACUCUGUUUAGUUAUUCAAAUUGUAACUGGUCUUUUCUUAGCUAUACAUUAUACUGCCCAUGUAGACCUUGCAUUUUCAAGUGUUGCUCAUAUUUGCCGAGAUGUAAACUACGGAUGACUACUUCGGACACUACAUGCUAAUGGAGCUUCUUUCUUCUUUAUUUGUUUAUAUAUACACACAGGACGAGGUAUUUAUUAUGGGUCAUUCCUAUACCUUCAUGCAUGAUCAGUAGGAGUUGUAAUUUUACUUUUAGUAAUAGCAACAGCUUUCCUAGGAUAUGUUUUACCAUGAGGACAAAUAUCCUUUUGAGGAGCAACUGUAAUUACAAAUUUAUUUUCAGCUAUUCCUUAUAUUGGAACAGAUCUUGUACAAUGGAUUUGAGGAGGUUUUGCGGUAGAUAAUGCUACCUUAACACGUUUCUUCACUUUUCAUUUUCUAUUUCCAUUUAUUGUAGCUGCUGCUACUAUUAUUCACAUCUUAUUCAUUCACCAAACAGGAUCUAACAACCCCUUAGGAAUUGUUAGAAACGUAGAUAAAGUUCCAUUCCACCCUUACUUCACAUUUAAAGAUAUUACAGGAUUUAUUGUUAUACUAGCAGCUCUAAUUUUAUUAACUCUCCUUAAUCCUUAUUUAUUAGGAGACCCAGAUAAUUUUAUUCCCGCCAACCCUCUUGUUACUCCCGCUCAUAUUCAACCAGAAUGAUAUUUCCUCUUUGCAUACGCUAUUCUUCGAUCUAUUCCUAAUAAGUUAGGAGGUGUUAUUGCAUUAGUUAUAUCUAUCCUUAUUCUUCUUAUUUUACCUUUUACUCACGCAGCAAAAUUUCGAAGAUUAGCUUUUUAUCCUUUAAAUCAACUUAUAUUCUGAUCAUUAGUUAGUAUCGUAUUCCUUCUAACGUGGAUUGGAGCUCGUCCCGUUGAAGAUCCUUACGUCCUUACAGGACAAAUCCUAACUGUUUUAUAUUUCUCUUAUUAUAUUAUUAAUCCCCUUACCCUUAUUUGAUGAGAUAAAAUACUAGAUUAA